AUGCAGGGCCACCUACCUCACCCCGUCACCCCCAUCUCCGACGCCGACUUCCUGAUCAGGCGCGGCAAGAAGAGGGGGGGCUACAACUGCGGCCGCUGCGGGCUGCCCAAGAAGGGCCACCGGUGCCCUUACCCCACCGAAGACGCCGACCCGGCGACCCCCAUGUCCACACCGACCGCCGCCGCCGAAGAUCAGUCAUCCGCACCCGCCACGCUCGGGUCGGCGGUGGCGGCGGAGAAGCUGGUCUGCGCGACGCCACCGCCCGCGGUCCGGCGCCGGCGAGCUCUGUUGUUUGAUGACACCAGCGUAGCUGAAUCGAUCGAUGUUCUGGACGAGGAGCGGUUCGAUCUGGAGGAGGAGGAUCCGGAUCUGGACGGGUCGGGUGGGCUGCCGAUGAGCUGCCUGUGGGAGGUUCUGCGGAGGCUGCCUCCGGCGGGGCUGCUCUCGGCGGCGAGGGUGUGCAGGGGGUGGAGAGAGACGACUAGAAAGCUGUGGCGUGCGGCGGAGGAGCUCCGUCUCAGAGUCCCGGCUAAGGCGCAGAUUGAAUUUGUGGGGUCCAUUCUGCAGAAAUGCCCUGGCCUGUUAAGACUAUCGAUUAGAAUCGAAAGUGAUUUUGAUGCAACAAUGCUGGCCUGUAUUGCCUUCUCUUGCCCAAACUUGCAGUCUCUGGAGAUCUUUACUGCUGAUUCCUCUACUAAUCGGAUCUCUGGGGAUGAGUUGAGUCGUUUUAUUGCCGAUAAAAGAUGCCUAACCAGUCUCAAGAUGGAAGGUGGCUGUAACCUUGAGGGUUUUAUAUUGUCUUCAACUAGUCUCUCUACUCUCUGGCUUUCAGAUCUUCACUCCCUUUCUAAGAUGAUUUUCAACUGCCCAAAUUUAAAGGAGCUUUCUUUGAACUUUUCUUGCCAAGAAAACGAUAACACUGACCUUAGAACUGUUAUGGAUGCAUUGGGAAGAAGCUGCCCUAAGCUUCAAAACAUCCAUAUUUCUUCAGUUUUGCUCUCACAUGACGUUGUGUUAGCCCUCUCAGCUGCAAAUUUGAGGGGAUUGCGAAUGCUAUCUCUUGUUCUUGGACCAGGGAUAACCGAUGCUUCAGUGGCAGCUAUUGCUUCAAGUUUUCCAAAACUGGAGUUGCUCGAUUUAAGUGGGUCUAGCAUCAGUGACAGUGGCAUUGGGAUGAUUUGCAAUGUCUUUCCCGAUACUUUAUCGAAACUUCUACUUGCUCUUUGUCCAAACAUCACUUCAAGUGGCAUUCAAUUUGCUGCUGCCGAGCUUCCUCGUCUAGAACUUAUGGACUGUGGAAUGACCAUUUGUGAUCCCAAUUCUGAAAAAAACUCCAAUGAAGAGGAUAAUAACGAUCCUGAAUUACAAAAGACGUCCAAUAGCUCGCCACACAUUACACACCAGAAGUUAAUUAUCAAGCACAAUCGCAUGAAGAAACUAAGCUUAUGGGGUUGUUCUGGCCUUGAUGCUUUGUAUUUAAAUUGUCCUCGUCUUACUGAAUUGAACCUCAAUUCUUGUAGGAAUUUGCAUCCAGAGAGACUGCUACUUCACUGUGUCGAUCUAGAAAGUGUGCAUGCUUCUGAUUGUGAAGAAAUGCUUGUAAAGACCAUUGAAGCUCAGGUUUUGGGUGAUUUUGGUGCUUCUGAUAAUCAGUUUCCCUCCAAAAGAUUGCCCGAUGGCUCGAAAAGGGUUCGGAUUCCAUAUUUCUGCAGCCCUGGGCCAUGUGAGGAUUAUGAUAAUAAACGUCGUAGGGUUGUGAAAAGAUCGGUGAAUGUGAUGCCGUAA